AUGAAUGCAACUACAAAUACUACAACUGAUCAAAAUCAAAUAUUCCCUAUUUAUGAUGAUCCAUUGAAAUCAAAUCCAUUUUUAGUCAAUCUAGCUAAAACAUUUCAUAAGGUAUGUAGCAAAACCACAAAAGAAAAAGGGAAACCUAUAUUUUUUGAUGAUAUUCCUGGACUACAAAAAUCAGGUGAUUCAUCUCAUGACUAUGGGACAAUAGAAUAUGCAUUGAAUUAUAAUUUACAAGCUGAAGAAUUAGAAAUAUCUGUUAUACAAGCUAAUAAUUUAUUAUGUAAUUCUGGACAAGAGAAAUUAAGUACUUAUGCUACAGUUUCAUUAAUUCAAUAUGAAGGUAAUGAAACUGUAAAUGGUGUUCAUAGCAAUGGUAGACAUAUGAAACCUUUAGGAAAACAGUAUAAAACAGAUAUUAUACAUCGUUCUGAUAAACCUUGUUGGAAUCAAUCUUUUGUGUAUAAAAUUCAAUUGAAUCAAUUAAAAACAGCUGUUAUCAUCUUAGAAAUAUUUGAUUAUGAUGAUAAUUAUAUUGAUACAAGUUUAGGUAAAUUAGAAAUUCCAUUAUCACAAAUUGAUCAUAGUGAAUAUGCUGGAAAAAUUUUAGAGAAAACUGAUUGGCUUUUAACUCGUAGUUCAAAUGAUUUUGGUCUUGGUGAAAUUUGUAUUGGUUUAGGAUAUUAUCCUAAUAAUUCAAAAAUUGAUAUCUGUUUAUUUGAAGCAAGAAAAUUGAUUAUUGACAGUUAUUUAAAACAAUCAGAAUCUUAUAACAAUAAACUAUCCAAUAUACAAUUAGAUAUUAUAAUCUAUUUAAAGUAUAAUAAUCGUGUACUUCAAAAAACUAAAACACAAACACGUAAAGAAUUAAUCAAUCCAUAUUUUAAUGAGAAAUUCAGUUUUUCAAUUAAUGAUAAAUAUAUCAAAGAUUAUUAUAUUCUACUUCAACUUCGACAAGUUGAAAAAUGGAAAUAUAAUCAAAUUCUUGGUGAAGUUCAUAUUGGUUUAGGAGCAUUACAAUUGAAAGGUGUAAAACAUUGGGAUGAAAUGUUAAAAAUUCCUUCAAAAAUUCAUGUUAAAUGGCAUUCUAUUCUUCCUAAUAUAAAAAAGCCAGAUCCAUUCUUUAUAGAUUGGCUUGCUAUUGAUCAUUCCUAA